AUGCUCACGCUGCUGCCGCCUGUUGCUAAGUGGAAGACAGCAGAAAAUCCUGGAUUCAAACAUCUAUCGGGUUUUUGUUUUGCUUUGUUUUGUUUCCUUUCAUUUUGCCUUAAGAAGAUGAACAAUGAAACCACAACCCUGAUGUCCUUGAAGGAGGCUAUGAAAAGGUUUCUAAGGGCUACAGGGAGGGAACAAGCAUGGGUCUGCUAUUCUGUGAAGAUGGAGUAGACCAGAAACUCCAAGCUUUAGAAGCACAGUUCAAAGAGCUGGACUUUGCCAAGGAUAAUCUGACACAGAAAUUUGAACAUCACAGCAAGACUUUGGCAAGCCAAGCAGCCCAAGAUGAGAUGUGGACAGCAGUUUUGGCACUUAAGUUCACCUCAAUGGAACUGAAUAUUUUAUACAGCUACAUCAUUGAAGUACUUAUCUGAUUGCACACCCGUGUCCUUGAGAAGCUACCAGACCUGGUGAGAGGUCUUCCCACAUUAGCAUCUGUUCUUAGACGAAAAGUCAAGAACAAGCACAUUAGAGUUGUGUGGGAGUCUGUGCUGGAGGAAUGUGGGCUGCAAGAAGGAGAUAUCACAGCACUUUGUACCUUCUUUAUUGCACAUGGUAACAAGGCAGAACACUAUGCUACUAAAGUGAGACCGAUGUACAUCAGGGAUGUCACACUUAUGAUCACUAACAUGGUAAAGAACCAGGCUCUUCAGGAUGGUUUGCUGAGAGCUGUUCAGGUCAUUGAGAAGGGGAAAGCAGUGAGGACCCCUGAAGAACAAAAGUCAUUCCUAAAAGAGUUGAUACCAUCAGUCAAAAACUAACCUGUUACCGUAUGACCCAAUGAUUCAAAUU